AUGGAUUCUCAGAACCAAACACAGAAGACAGAAUUUAUCUUCCUGGCAUUCUCCAUAUUCCAGAGACACCACAUCCAUUUUUUCUUGGUGUUCCUGGCUGCCUAUUUGGUCACCCUGCUGGGCAACCUCAUGAUCAUAACCCUGGUUCUCCUGGAUUCCCGUCUCCACACCCCCAUGUACUUCUUCCUCAGCCAGCUCUCCUGCUUGGAUAUCUGCCUUUCUUCUGUGGUGGUACCAAAGAUUUUGGUGAGCCUUCUACACCAGCAAUACACCAUCUCCUACAGCCAGUGCCUGGCACAAGCCUUCUUCCUGAUUGGCUUUGCGGGAUGUGAGCCGGCACUGCUGGCCAUCAUGGCCUAUGACCGCUAUGCCGCCAUCUGCCAACCUUUGCACUAUGCCCACCUGAUGAGGGGCAAGGUCUGCAUCCAGCUGUCUGUGGCCACCUGGCUCUGGGGCUUCCUGGACUCAGCCAUCCACGUUUCUCUGGCCUCCAAGUUGGAGUUUUGUGACAACCACCAGAUUCCUCACAUCUUUUGUGAUGUCCCCCCUUUCCUGAAAAUCGCCUGCAGUGAUACCUGGGUCAACGAAUUGACCAACCACAUCACCAGCAUCUUUGUGGGCCUUGUCCCUGUCCUCUUCAUCGUCCUGUCCUACUUCUACAUUUUGGGCUGCAUUUUGCGGAUCCGUUCAAACACCGGUAGGCGCAAAGCCUUCUCCACCUGUGCUUCACACCUUGCUGUCGUGAUUGUCUGCCUUGGAAAUGCCUUUGUGAACUACAACCAACCCAGUGUUGGUUACUCUCUAGAGGUGGACACCUUGAUCUCCACCAUGUUUUGUAUCAUCAACCCCCUCCUGAAUCCUUUGAUCUACAGCCUCCGCAACAAGGAGGUGAAGGGGGCCAUGAAGAAGAUUCUCGGCUGCCAGAAGGUGGUCUAG